AUCAUGGCAGUAUUGUCCCUUUUUUUCAAACUGGCAUUUGCCAUAUCUACUGUUUCUGCAUGUCCCUCCUGCAAGGGAGAAGGGGAACCCUCGGUUUACCCUAGGUUUACGCGUCGCAUGCAGCCCAAGUCUCUAGAUGCGACAACACAGCCAAAGGGGCCUUUGAACUGGGGAGAAAUCAACUUCAUUCACACGAGUGAUACCCAUGGAUGGCUGGAAGGGCACAUUAAGGAACGCAACUACGGUGCUGACUGGGGUGACUUUGUGUCCUUUGCGAAGCACAUGCAGGACAAAGCCGUAGAGAAAAGCGUUGAUCUCCUGCUCAUUGAUACUGGCGAUUUGCAUGAUGGUAAUGGUCUCAGCGACGUAACAACGCCCAACGGCGAGGUCACGAAUUCUAUCUUCGAAAACAUCGACUACGAUCUUCUCACUCCCGGAAAUCACGAGCUAAUUGUGGCCGAUGUUGCGUACAACACAUUCACUAAGUUCUCCAAGGUGUAUGGCGACAAGUACCUGACGAGCAAUGUUGAUAUUUGCAAUAAUUGCCAAGAGGGUGAACCAGAUGAAAAGGAAUGGGUGUCUAUGGGCCGCAGAUCUCGAUAUUUCAAAACGAAGCAGGGCCUCCGAAUUAUGGCUUUUGGGGUGAUCCUUGAUGGGACCAAUAAUAACAAGGACAUGACAAGAAUCCAGCCAGCUGCCGAAAUGAUACAGCAAGACUGGUUUAAGGAUGCAGUCAAUCGCCAGGAUAUUGAUAUAUUUGUCGUCAUUGGACACAACCCCGUCAAACCUGGAAUCCCCAAGAGCGAAAGCAGCUUCCCGCUUCUAAUGGAAACUCUCCGGACAAUGCGACCUGAGAUUCCUGUGCAGGGAUUCGGGGGUCAUACGCACCGCCGUGACUUUCACAUCUACGACCCUAUGUCCUCGGCGAUAGAAUCCGGCAAAUACUGUGAUACUGUGGGUUGGGUUUCCUUGGAUGGCAUCAAAUCACAACCCGUUCAAAAAAGAGCAGCAAGCCUCGAAGUCAAAACUCCAUUAGUAAAUAAGAGCACAAUAGUGAAAUCGGCCGAUGCAUCUUGCUCCAAGACCAAAGAUUUCGAUAUGAAGUUAACCCGGCGGUAUCUGGAUUGGAAUCGCCUCACUUUUGCCUACCAUGCAACUGGAUCCCAAAGCAUAUCAAACACCGCUGACGGACUCGAUGUGACCAAAGGGAUUACAGACAGUCGCAACACUCUCAAUUUGACCUUUGUGUACGGGUGCGCGCCACAGACAUACUGCAUAUCAUGCAAGCCGUUCGGCGACGAGGGCAAUAUCUACACUUUGGUGCAGACUGCUGCUGCUGCGACUGUGGUUGACCCAGAUCGUUCGACAAAUUCGAGGAUGAUCAUUGUCAACCAAGGAGCCAUCCGGUACGACCUGGUUCAGGGCCCAUUUACUGUAGAUGAUGCCUAUAUCGUCUGCCCGUACACGAGUACCUUCCGAUUUAUCGCCGACGUUCCUUACUCGCUGGCUUCGAAAGUCCUCGAGUAUAUAAACAAACCGAAAACCACCACCAAACGAUCCAUGACUGUAGAUACCAUUUCAAGUCAGAUGUUGGGUUACGAUGAGUGCAACAAUUACUCGCCUCACAACGGGACUGAGCUUCUCAAGCCAAAAACCCUCUUUCGUCGUGUACUUGAUGGGACCACGCCAACCCCGGGAUAUACAACAUGCGAUGACCUUGGUGAUGAUGGCGAUGACACUCCGCACUCUGAAAUCCCGGAAUACACUCAACCAGCUCAUGUUCAAGGUACCGCUGCGUUUCCACCAGAUGGUCAACCAGACAAGGUGGAUCUAAUUUUCUCGGAUUUCCUUGACGGGAGGAUCGUUGCAGCCUUGAAUUCCGCAAACCCGCCCAAGAAUUAUACGACGGACGACACUCGUCUUUAUCUUCCGGAGGACUUUACGACGAAUACCUUCAUUCCCACCUAUGCCUCUAUGGCCUGGCAAGACAACAUCAACGACUGUCCGAUUGGAGGAUGAGUGAGAUGGUGUUUGGAUAUCUGAGGCACCUAUGGGGUUCAGGACCAUAGUUCUCUCUCCCUCUCCUCUUCCUUCCUCUCUCUCUCUGUCCGUUCUUCCUUUUAUGAAUGCAUACCUAUUCUUCCUUAUUAGAUAAUUCAUUGUAUCACAUCCUCUGGAUAGUGCGGCAGUAAAGAAGCUUUCUAUCCCAC